CUCUUCCCGGCAAUGUCUCCCCCGGAGUUGCAAAGAGCCAGAGAGAGCAAUCCAAUCCUCGAGCUUAAAAUAUUAUCAGCCAGUGAAGUCAGCCAUAUAAAUGCAACAGACAAGAUGGACGUAUACGCCGUCGUUUCAAUCUCCGGAGACAAUAAUCAAAAGAAACAAGCGGCCAAAACACCCAUUGACUUUUACGGUGGGUCUAAUCCAACAUGGAAUCACACCGUUAAGUUUUCCGUCAACCAGGAAGCAGCCCGAAUGACCCUCAAGGUCAAGUUAUUUAGCUAUUGGCUAGAAGGUGAGAAUGACCUUUAUUUGGGAGAAGUCAAUGUCUCGGUUCAAGAGCUUCUUGCCUCAAAUCCGUUUCCACCGUUAACUAACGGUAACGAAGGUAAACUCAAGUUGGUGACUUACCCUGUUAAAAUCACGGAGAGAACCAAAGGAACGCUGAGUCUCUCGUAUCAGUUUAAACCGGCUGCCCCGGUCCAUGAUAUGUCUCCUUCGGCCCCGGAUUACUCGCUAUCGUUUGGUCAACCAGUGUACCCAAAUCCGGAUCCAGCGAGUUUUGGUCAGCCUGUCAUGUAUUCUCCUCAGUUUCAAACCAAACUAACCCUAGAGCUUGUGAUCAAAUCCGCUAAAGACAUAAAAGGCGUCAGCAUCCGUAAUGAGAUGAACGUAUACGCUUCGGUUAUGAUCCGCGAGGGUAAGACAACAAUUAAAGAUACGGCCAAUACCCCUAUCGUCUAUUGUGCCUAUAGAAACCCAAGAUGGGACCACGAAGUUGAGUUUUCGCUCGAGAAGAAGUUAGUUCGAGAAGGCCGUUUGACCCUCGUUGUGAAAAUAAUCGGCGUCCGGCCAUUACUUGGCGAUAAAAACGUUGGUGAAGUUGUAGUCUCCAUUCAGGAGCUAUUUGAAUUAAACCCGCCGUUUCCUCCGUUAACUAACGGUAAUGAUGAUCUUGGUGUGAGUUCAAUAACUAGGGAUGUGACGGGUCCGCACGGAGCAAAAGGAACAUUGACCUUCACGUAUAGGUUUUUUGUGGAGGAAGCUCCACAACCGUUUAUUAUGUAUCCGGUUCAUGGAACCUCGGGUUACGCAAUUGUUCACCCGGGAGCAAAUGCUGGCCCAAGCAACGGUCAACUGCCACUUUAUAUGCCACAGCAAUAUCAUCAGUCACAUGGCUACCAACAAUAUUCAUCACAAGAAUUGGAACUUGAACCACAUAAGCCACAUCAGCCUCAACCACAACCGCUCCACAAGCCACUACUGCAUACACAAUCACAAGCACAACCAUAUCAGUCACAUGGAUACCAACAAUAUUCACAACCGCAAACACAGAAGCAGCAGUCUCAACUCCAACCGCUCCAUCAACCACUAGCGCAUACACAAUCACAAUCACAGCCAUACCAACAAUAUUCGUCACCGCAACCACAACAGCAACUACUACCACAACAACUUCCACCAAUGCAACAGCCAACACAAUCAGAGUCACAAGCACAAGCUGCACGACCGACAACAAAGCCGCAAGAAGGGACUAUUGCAGCCUUAGGGUUAGGGACGGCGAUAAUGGGACGAGUGAUAGGUGGAGCUUUAAUGGGUGAAAUGAUGUCCGAUGAAGGAAACGUGUAUGAGGCUGAGGCCUGA